AUGUUCAACAACAAAUUAGUACUUAGCACUGUUGUCGUCUUGUGCUUGUUCGCAGGCUGGACAAGUGCAGCAUGCACAAACGGCAUGGCAACAUCAAUCAGCCAAUAUAACAUCACCUUUACAUUUGACAAAGCUUACAAGUGUGGCACAUUCGCCAAUGGCGACUACUGGGUGAUCACCAACGGCUCAUACGUCACCAUCAAGACCAUCACACCAGCCUUCACUGGUCAGUACCAUGGCUGGCAGGCCAAUCCCUCGUCACCCUCCCAACAAGGCUUUGAUAAGGACAUCGAGGGCUUCAACACUGCCCUCGUCCCCGCCCUUCCCUACAAGGCCGCCGCCAACACCUCGGUCGUCAAGACAAUCUCGUUGCUGGACGCCAAUCGCUGUGAUGGCCACUACGGCUGUCUGUUGACCGCUGCCGUGCUCACCGUGCUGAGCCAGGCACCGCCCGCCAACACCUUCCGUCCAUGCUACUAUGGCAACGUCAAGAAGCUGUACUCGGCCAACAACCUGCGCACCAACCUGCUGCCCAAUCUCACCAUCCCUGCCGACACACCAACCGUCGCCUACUUUGCCAACCGCUACCAACGUGUUCAGCUUGACCACUACAACUCGUGGGCAGGCCAGUACCUCCACCCCCACCUCAACAUGGCCACCUACGGUGCUGACGUCGCCAGUGAUUCUGGCGACUGUGGCGCAUUCCUUACACUCAACUUCCCCUUAACCGAGAAGAAGAAGGUUCUCAUCCCAUUCCUGCAGGCUGGACUCGACUACGCGGGCAUGCUAUUCGCUGGCGUGACGUGGCAGGCUGACGGCGGCCACAUGUCAGGUCGCAAGAUGCCCAUCGCUCUUGCCGCCAUCAUGCUCAACGACUCGGCCAUCUACAACAAGGUGUCGACCGCCCCACUCAACACCUUUGGCGAGGAUGGCCAAGUAUACUGGAGCACCAAUGCCAGCCGCGCACUCUGGGGCUCUGCAGGCUGCAACUUUGACGACUACUGGACCAACCAACUGAGCACCGAUCACAGCGACGGCCAGAAGGACUGCCGCGACCCAUACGGCUACAUCGACGGUGGUGUCCCCGCCGACAAUUACCAGAUGUGCUGCACAUCCAACACAUGGAAGACCACCGCUCUCACCGUGCGUCUGAUCCCCACUCUCCAAUGUGCAUUCAACUAUGAUGUGUUCCUUCAGUACGUCGAUCGCUGGGUGACCUUUGGCGCAUGGACCCUUCCCGACCCAUACACUGGCCGUGCUCCAGGUGGAGUUGUGGGUACACCCAGUCGUUAUCCAUCACUACAUGGUACCGGUGCCGACUCUGGCUACUACUCAUCAGACUUCUCGGCCAGCAUGUGGACUACCCAUCGCAGCAGUGCACCAUCCAUCACAUGUCCAAGAGCUCUCUAA